AUGUCAGCACUCCGGGCGGAUGUUGCUAACCGCCAUGGAAUAAUUGCAGAUAAGAAGCAGAUAUGGGUCACAGACGUUUUCGGAAGCUCCCAACCGCAGCCGACAGCUAAAGUUAAAUGCUGGCUGCCAGGGGAUUCGUCCCCUGUUGAGGUUACCAUGAUACUAGGUCCUCUACCCACCAAUAUUCUAGGACUCGACCUCUUAAAGGGCCGGUCAUGGGUAGACUCUAAGGGAAGAGAAUGGAAAUUUGGGUGUCCCGCAAUCUCUGUGAGGCUUUUGCAGUCUGCACCAACUCUCCCCUCUUCAAAGAUAGUUAAUGUCAAACCUUAUGCUUUGCCUUUGGGAGCAAGGGAAGGGAUCACUUCAGUGAUAACUGAGUCACGGGAACAGGGGAUAGUUAUUCCUACGCACUCACCCUAUAAUUCCCCAGUAUGGCCGGUCCGCAAGCCAAAUGGGAAGUGGCGACCGACAAUUGACUAUCGACGCUUGAACGCCAAUACUGGCCCAUUAACAGCUGCAGUCCCCAAUAUAGCAGAAUUAAUUGCAACCAUACAAGAACAGGGUCACCAGAUUUUAGCAACCAUUGAUGUGAAAGACAUGUUCUUUAUGGUUCCCUUGCAAGAAGCAGAUAGGGACCGCUUCGCCUUUACCUGGGAAGGUGUACAAUAUACAUUUACACGGCUUCCCCAAGGCUAUUGCCACUCACCAACCAUUGCUCACUAUGCAUUAGCCCAGGAACUAAAUCAGAUCACUCCUAAAGACGGAGUAAAAGUAUAUCAGUAUAUUGAUGAUGUGCUAAUUGGAGGACCAGAUACCACUGUGGUGGGGCAAACCCAGAGAGGAAUCAUUAGUCACUUAGAGAAUUUAGGGCUCCAAAUUCCUGCCGAAAAGGUGCAACUCCCAUCACCUGAAGUAAAAUUUUUAGGGCUCCAAAUUCCUGCCGAAAAGGUGCAACUCCCAUCACCUGAAGUAAAAAUUUUUAGGUUAUCAGAAAGCCCACGGCAGACUUAUGUUUGCACUGAUUGUACCACAGGCGCUGGCAAUCCCAUCGAAACAUGGAUCAGUUUGGAAGUUAGAACCUUAAUUCGAGAUAUGUGCACCUGUUGGGGAUAUCCUAAUUUUGGAUACCGAAACCGGGACAACCAAUGUAAUCAGAUCACCAAUAAUGUUAAUAUCUGGCUAAAAUGUGGAAUUCCCAUUAACCACUUCCCAAGACAUAAGGGAGAAUGCAAGGAGCACAGAGCCAGGCUCCUUUCAGUAGUGCCCGCUGACUGGGCCAGAGGCAAGGGGCGCAAACUGCGACACAGGGGGCUCCGUCUGAACAUCAGGAAACACUUGUCGACGGUGAGGGUGACUGAGCACUGGCACAGGUUGCCCGGGGAUGUUGUGGAGCCUGCGUCCCUGGAGAUCUUCAAAAGCCUGGACGUGGUCCGGGGCAACCAGGUAGCUCUAGUUGCUCUCUAUGACAAGCUUCAAAAACCAGAAGGCUCUGGAGUCGCCAUUCUGCAAAGAAACGGUAGCAAAAAGCAGCGUCACUCCUGGGGUGUAAAGAGUGCCAGCAGGCUCUGCGCGUCUUCCUCCGCCAGCCCGGCCCCUGCUCCGGGACCAGCUCCCGCCCUGGCUGAGGCGGCAGCUUCUCCCUCCUUCCCUUCUCCCACCCAGGCGGCAAAGGACCCCUGCGGCCCCGCAGACCAAACGCCCGGCCUCGGAGAGGGUGGUGGGCAGCUGUGGAAACCUGAGGCUCGCUGGUCCCAGGGAAAUGGGGCCUGGGGAAAGUCCUGCUGCUGGGGCAAGGUGCUGGGCACCCUCCCCGCCACCGCCUGCCUGGCGGGUACAGCCAGGUAG